UGUUUCAGUGUUCACCGGGCGCUGGCUCAUGUCCUUCUGGACGGGAAGCUCUAAAAUCCACGAGCUGUACACGGCGGCGUGCGGGCUGUACGUCUGCUGGCUGUCGAUCCGCGGCGUCUCCGUGCUGCUGGCCUGGAUGCCUCAGGGUCGCACCGUCAUCGCACGCAAGGUUCAGGAGUGGACGCUCAUGAUUCUGAAGACCCUGGUGGUCGCGCUGCUGGUGGCCGGAGUCAUCCCGCUGCUCCUAGGUCUGCUGUUCGAGCUCGUCAUCGUCGCUCCUCUCAGAGUCCCGCUCGACCAAACGCCGCUCUUCUACCCGUGGCAGGACUGGGCUCUGGGAGUGCUCCAUGCUAAAAUCAUCGCUGCUAUCACUCUGAUGGGCCCUCAGUGGUGGCUGAAGACUGUUAUUGAGCAGGUUUAUGCCAAUGGGAUUCGUAACAUCGACCUGCAGUUCAUCAUCCGUAAACUGGCGGCUCCCGUCAUCUCCGUGCUGCUGCUGUCGCUGUGCGUGCCGUAUGUGAUCGCUGCGGGGGUGGUUCCUGCCGUGGGAGUGACCCCAGAGAUGGAGAUCCUGAUGCAGAGGAGAAUCUACCCGUUCCUCCUGAUGAUCGUCUCGCUCAUCGGCAUCCUGUCCUUCCAGAUCCGACAGUUCAAACGCCUCUACGAACACAUCAAGAACGACAAGUACCUGGUUGGUCAGAGGCUUGUCAACUACGAGCGUAAAUCUGGCAGAGUGGCCUCGGCGCCCCCCCCCAUCCCCGUCGCAGAGUAGAUGUUUGUGUCACUCGUUGCCACAUGUUUGCACCCGUCACCCUGCGUACAUCCUGUCUCCUGUACCUCACCCUUCAUUUAGAUUUUCACUUCAGUCCGUGGACCUCAAUCGGUGGAUAUCGUUCUUGAGUUCCCCCUCGAGGGACGGGACGAUGUAUUAUAAUCAUGGGACAGCUGAGAAAACCCCCAUGAGGGUGAUGGGUAGCAGUUUGAUUUGAAGCUCAACAUCUGCAUUGUCGUUCAUGCCUUGCUUUGUAAAGUGCUACCUGAUAAUUGUACAUGUGUAAAUACUUUGAACGCAGACUUUGUCUUAAAAAAAAAAAGAAAGACGGAUAUGGAAUAAUGCAAUGACCAUUGUAUAUCUUAAAAGUGUAUGUAUAAUUUAUUAAAUCAAACUGACAAUUGAUCUGCUCUUGUCGCAUGUGUUUAAAGACGAGGGACUGCAUUAUGUGGAUGUUUUGUAACUGGUUGAUUUGGGUGUGGAAGUUUUGUAUUUAAACCUGAAAGCUAAAAAACUUGUAUGAAACAAAGACAGA